AUGGUUUCUACGAGGGCUGUUGCCUCUGAGCAGAUUUACAGCAGGCAGGCUCUUAGGGAGGGAAUUGUUGCGAUGUCAAAGAUUCCCGAGGUUCUACCACGAUCAAUACCAAUACCGGAGUUCGUCAUUGAAGCAUGUUCGUAUGUGUGGUACCAUUUCAUUGCAGUGAUGCGAUGGUUGCCCGGCGGCAGGUACAUCAUUGAAUAUGUGAGGAAGUCGCAUCAGGACGACCCGUAUCGGACCAUCGUUGAGAUUCUGCUGAUCAUAUAUGGCAUCAUCUACUACUUCUCCAAGCCGCAGCAGAAAAAAAGUUUACAGCGGUCCAAGCCUAACCUGACACCCAAGGAGAUAGACGCGUUGAUCGAGGAGUGGGUGCCCGAGCCGAUUGUGGACACGAUGGUGCUUGAGGAGCAGCGGUGGAGACUGGCUAAGAUCCCAGUCAUCCAGCAUUCCGGUAUAAACAACCGUGUCAACUUGACGCGAAACAACGGUGCUGAAAGCUUCAGCAAUGUGCUCAAUCUCUGCUCUAACAACUUCUUACAGCUGUCCUCAACGCCCGAGGUGCUCGAGGAGGCCAGAAAGAUCAUUAAAAACUACGGAGUAGGUGCGUGUGGUCCCGCAGGAUUCUACGGUAAUCAGGAUGUGCACUUCAACUUGGAGUACGAGCUUGCAGAUUUUUUUGGCACUGAGGCUGCGGUUCUUUACGGGCAAGAUUUUUGUGUAGCUCCGUCCGCGAUACCUGCUUUCACUAAACGUGGCGAUCUCAUCGUUGCUGACAACCACGUCUCUUUGUCUGUACAGAAUGCUUUGCAGCUCAGCAGAUCAACAGUGUAUUACUUCGAUCACAAUGAUAUGGAAUCUUUGGAAAAUUUGCUGAUUGAUAUUACGGAGUCAGAGAAGGCCGAACAUUUACCAGCAACGCCAAGAAAAUUCAUCGUUACUGAAGGUUUAUUCCAUAAUUCUGGUGACAUUGCAAAUCUACCGAAAUUAACGGCAUUGAAGCUGAAAUACAAGUUCAGACUUGUUGUUGAUGAAACGUUUUCCAUUGGUGUUCUCGGGUCAACAGGUCGUGGUAUUGCCGAACACUUCAACAUGGAACGUAGUAAAUCAAUCGAUAUGACUGUUGGAUCUUUAGCAACAGCACUGGGAUCGUCAGGAGCUUUCGUCCUCGGGGACAAAGUUAUGGCACAUCAUCAACGUAUCGGUUCAAACGCUUACUGUUUCUCUGCAUCUUUACCGCCUUAUGCAAUCAAAGCAGCAGAUAAAGUACUCGAAAUAAUGAAUAAUGAUAAUUCAACCGUCCAGCUGCUGCAGAAAUUAUCCAAACAAGUUCAUCAAAUGUUUAGCGAGCCAACUUUUAGCAAAGCAAUGAUUUUGACAUCAAGUCCAUUUUCACCUGUAAUACAUUUACAACUCACACCAGAAUUAAGGACCAAAAAGUUCAACUACUCGAAAGAGGGACUCUUUGAAACCAAUUCGGACUUACAGAAGAAAUGUAAUUCAGUUAAAUUUAUUGAACCAUAUGAGAAAGAGGAAAUCUUCUUACAAAAUAUUGUAGAUGAUCUAUUGCAGAAUGACAGUAUCUUGAUUACAAGAAAUACCAUUGUGUUGAAAAAUGAAACGCUACCCAUUGCACCAAGCUUAAAGAUUUGCAUAAAUUCUGGUCUAGAUGAAAGAGAAAUUGAAUCUGCUUGCGAUAUUAUUAAGACAAAGAUCUUCGAGCAUUGUUAUUCAGACUCACACAACUAA